AUGAUUCAAACUAAUCCUCUAUCUUCGCUGCCUCUGGGGCUGCUAGGAGUGGGAGCCGGUGUUCUAGCGAUUCUGGUGUACGGAGUAUAUCAGGUUUAUUUCCAUCCAUUGGCCCAGUAUCCAGGACCAUGGUUAGGGAAGUUCACCGAAGCCGGGGCAGCGUAUCAUGCUGUGAAGGGAGACUUGCAUCUACAUAUUUGGUGGUGCCAUCAGAAGUACGGGCCGGUGAUUCGGUAUACUCCGAAUUUGGUGAUCUUCAACACAGCAAGUGGAAUGAAAGACAUCUACGUCCGAGGUAAGGACUUGCGGAAAGAUGUCCACUACGGCGUCAUCCAGCUCGGCACCAAGAACCUCCUCACGGUUACCAGCCCCACAGACCACGCUAGACGAAAUAAGAUCAUUAGCCCUGGGUUUUCGAGUACGGCAAUGCGUGAUUUUGAACCAAAAUUAUUGGUACAUGUCCAGAAAUUCUGCGAAUUGCUUUACCGCCCGAAGCCUGGCAGUGAUACAAAGGAUUCCUGGGGAGAGCCCAUGGUCAUGUCGGACUGGUGCAGCUAUUUUGCGUUCGAUGUGAUCACGGAGUUGGUGUUUGGCAAACCGUGUAAUCUCCUUGAGAGCCAGCAACACCGAUGCACAAUGUAUGAUAUCUCCGGGAUGAUGAAGCGGCUGUCGCUGUUGAUGUAUGCACCUUACGUGUUUCUUGGCCGACUGGAUCGGAAAUUGUUUCCAGAUGAAAUGAGUGGAAUGAAGCGAUAUCACCGGCUGGUGAAUCGCAUGAUGUCGGAUGCAGCAAGCAUGUCCGGGCAUGUGUUCAGUCGCUUGACGACCGCGAGAGACAACAAGGUGCGCGCUGGCAUGGAGCCCGCAUUCAGCGACGCGGAUGUCUAUUCAGAAGCUGCGAUGUUGGCUGUUGCUGGGUCUGACUCGACGUCUGUCUCGCUUUGCGCCAACCUAUUUUAUUUGGCAACCUAUCCCCACGCCUACGCCCGCCUUGCCCUCGAAAUUCGCACGAUUUUUCCGACCCUGGAAUCAAUUCGCACCGGGCCGCUCCUCCUUCAACAGUGCCCUUACCUGCAUGCCUGCAUCAAGGAGACUCUCCGCAUUUCGCCCGCAGUAGCCGGAUGUCCCUAUCGCCGAGUCGAAAAAGGGGACACCAUUGUCGUCGACGGCCAUGUUAUUCCUGAAGGCUGUAGCGUAGGUACGGGAAUCUACAGCAUUCAUCACAAUGCGGAAUACUUCUCGCGGCCGGACACGUUUCUCCCGGAGAGAUGGCUGGGCAACAACGCCGACAACUCGCCCGAGCAAGCUACUAUCACGCCCGCCGCAUACACGCCUUUCUCCCAGGGAACGCGCGCCUGUGUCGGGCGACAUUUGGCGCAGAUGGAGCUGCAGUUAGCCCUAGCGAGCUUGAUCUGGCAGUACGACUUCCGCCGGGCGGAGGGCACAGUCGGGGAGAUGGGCGCGGGGCGUCGAGACGGGGGCGAGUUGGGGCGGUCGAACCCGCAUGAAUUCCAGCUCUAUGAUCACAUUAUCAGCCAGAAGAUGGGGCCGGUUCUUCAGUUCCGGCCGAGAGUACGGACUCAGUAGGACGCGUCGGUCAAGUAAGAUGGGAAAGCAGCGAAACCCGGCACAGACGACGGUUGGUCGGUUAUACAGGAUUCAAAAGGACGGGAAUGACGGGAAAUUCGUCUUGAUUCAAUUGAUACCUCUGGGAGUUUG